GAAACAGGAGGUGUAUAAAUAACCACAAGCUACCUGAAUCUCUUCUCCCUCGCUUCUUCGGCAUCAAGAUUUUUCCCUCCCUGUUUUCGCUUCAUUAUCGUUCUUGAUUUUUCCUGCAUUUCGCGAUCCUUUUCAACCUCUUUCAGGCCCAUGAUGCGUGGUUGCAUAUGGUGGUGUUUCCUCUUUACUGUGUGGCAGUGGUGGCCUUUUGUAUACUCUUUUUAAGCUCUUCUAUGAGUUCUGCCUCUUCAGAACCUGUUUUGUUACACUCUUUUUAGUGUUCUACGUGGUUCCAUCUCUCAGUUUGUAAGGAGGACAUAAGUGCACUUGGGCUUUGAAUCAACCUCCAAAACUUGACCAAAUGGAUCUUAAACCAAACCAUAAUUCUCCCAUUCUCUCUGACCCUGCGCCUAUCACCAAGUCUAGACUUGGUGUACAUUCGAAUAUGUUGCCAUACUCUGCUGCUCCAGGAGUUGGGUUCGCUCCGAAUUUGCUACUAAUCACGAGGAAAAGGACCGGUGUGCUCGAUGACGUUCGAGCAAGCAUCUGGCUAGAUGCUAUGAAAUCUUCAUCUCCUCCUCCUAAUAGGAUUGCCAAGGAUGUUGUCAAUGAGCUUCCAUCGUUUGAUCCAGAUCUUCUCUAUUGCAGUUGGAUGGUUAAGUAUCCAUCGGCACUUGCGUCGUUCGACCAAAUCGUAACUCAGGCGAAAGGAAAAAGAAUAGCAUUGUUUCUGGACUAUGAUGGGACUCUUUCUCCAAUUGUAGACAACCCUGAUUGUGCAUUCAUGUCUGAUGCUAUGCGUGUGGCUGUAAAAGAGGCUGCAAAACAUUUCCCGACUGCUAUAAUUAGUGGAAGAAGUCGUGACAAGGUUUACGAAUUUAUUGGACUAAAUGAACUCUCCUAUGCUGGUAGUCAUGGAAUGGACAUUAUGGUCUCUGAUAAACACUCAACUAACGAUCAGGGCAAGGAAGUUAUGUUCCAGCCUGCUAGUGAAUUUUUACCUUUGAUCGAUGAGGUUUACGAAUCCCUGAUUGAAAUCGCCAAGGGAAUUGCUGGAGCAAAAGUUGAAAACAAUAAGUUCUGUGUGUCUGUUCAUUACAGGAACGUAGAUGAUAAGGACUGGAAUGCUCUUGCAAAUCGUGUUUACGACCUUUUGGAAAACUACCCUCGACUGCGCGUUAGUCACGGUCGUAAGGUUUUAGAAGUACGACCUGUGAUUAGCUGGGACAAGGGCAAAGCUGUUACGUUCUUGCUUGAAUCUCUUGGACUUAGCAACUGCGAUGACGUGCUCCCAAUCUACGUCGGAGAUGACCGAACUGACGAAGAUGCCUUCAGGGUCCUGAAAGAACGAAAUUGUGGCUAUGGCAUAUUAGUCUCUUCAGUGCCAAAGGAAAGCAGUGCAGCCUCAUACUCUUUGAGAGAACCAUCUGAGGUGAUGGAAUUUCUGAAGUCAUUGGUAACAUGGAGGGCGUUGGAAGAGGGAUUGAACGAAUAGCAGAAAUUGAUAUAACAAUGGUAUAGAGAUAAGUAUAGGGAAGGAAGGAAGGAAGGAAGGAGGGGAAGGUGAAGGAGGAGAGGAGAGGGGGUAUUAUUUUUGGAGCAGAGAAUUACAGAGAAGAGGCAGGAUUUGUGAGAGUUGCCCGUUUGUUGUUCCUCUGCUGAAAGGUGUUCCUUAUUAUUGUGUUGUUGUUCAUCAUUUUGUAAAGUCAAAGUUGGUGCAAUUUAAUUAAUUACUUUACUUUUCCACUGUUUUUGUUGAAGCUGAUGAACACAAAGCAAUCUUUAUUCUUUUAUCUGUUUUUAGACCCUUACUUUGUAGAUUAUAAUGUUUAACUCAGCAAUGCAAAUCAUUUGUUUCCUUUCUGCUA